UCUGUGGAGGGCCAGUGUGUAGACAUUGAUGAGUGUCGCUACGGCUACUGCCAGCAGCUGUGUGCCAACGUGCCGGGGUCCUACUCCUGCACCUGCAACCCCGGCUUCACCCUCAAUGAGGAUGGGAGGUCCUGCCAGGACGUGAACGAGUGUGAGACAGAGAACCCUUGUGUGCAGACCUGCCUCAAUACCUAUGGUUCUUUCAUCUGCCGCUGUGUCACGGGCUACGAGCUCGAGGAGGAUGGUGUCCGGUGCAUUGACAUGGAUGAGUGCAGCUACUCCGAGUUCCUCUGCCAGCACGAGUGUGUGAACCAGCCUGGCUCCUACUUCUGCUCCUGCCCCCCCGGCUACGUCCUGCUGGAUGACCACCGGAGCUGCCAGGACAUCGACGAGUGUGAGCACAGGAACCACACGUGCAGCCUGCAGCAGAGCUGCUACAACCUGCAGGGCGGCUUCAAGUGUGUGGACCCCAUCCGCUGCGAGGAGCCCUACAUCCGCAUCAGCGACAACCGCUGCAUGUGCCCCGCCGAGAACCCGGGCUGCAGGGACCAGCCCUUCACCAUCGUGUACCGGGACAUGGACGUGGUGUCGGGCCGCUCCGUGCCCGCCGACAUCUUCCAGAUGCAGGCCACCACCCGCUACCCCGGGGCCUACUACAUCUUCCAGAUCAAGUCCGGGAAUGAGGGCAGAGAGUUCUACAUGCGGCAAACGGGUCCCAUCAGCGCCACCCUGGUGAUGACACGCCCCAUCAAGGGGCCUCGGGAGCUGCAGCUGGACCUGGAGAUGGUCACUGUCAACACCGUCAUCAACUUCCGAGGCAGCUCCAUCAUCCGUCUGCGGGUCUACGUGUCUCAAUACCCCUUCUGAGCACCCACACCCCACCAGUGGGAGAGCCAGAGCCAGAGGGAGAGGGAGCCCAGGGCAGGUGCCUCCCUGAGCUGUCUCCCUGUAGGGACAGGUGGCUCCCCAGCUGCCCCGGGAGCCCGGUGUCCAGGAGCACUGUCACUGCCACCUGCCCUGCGGCCCGUCCCAGCCCCUAGCCCUCAGCUCCCAGCCCUCAGCUCCCAGCCCUCAGCUCCAGUCCCCAGCCCCCAGCCCCCAGCCCCCA